AUUUACAUUUGUACAUCUACUUUAAUAUAUUAAACUGUAGAACAAACAAGAUUAACGAUAAGAAAUACACAUGUUAUAACACAAUAAACAUGCCUUAAACUACACUAUUUUUGUACAACAACAUAUGAUAUAAUAUCGAAUUAAUUUAGUUUUUAAAAAAUCAACAUUAUCUUAAUAACAACAUUUAAACAGUUUCAGACAAAAUUUUCCCCUACAAUAAACAAAUGAUAGUUCUUAUAUACAAUUAGUAAAAAUUUUAAAUGGAGAAAUCUGAAAAGCUUUGCCGAGCGUGCCUUGGUGUAGAAAACCUAAAGAAAAUUGAAAACUCGCAACUUGAAGAAACGUUCAGAUUAUUAAGUGGUGACCAAGUGUUCUCAUCUAGGAAACCAUAUAUCUUCUGCCAUCUAUGUCAUGCACAGUUGUUAAUAUGUCAUCGAUUCAGAGAAAGAUGCCAACACUCAAAUGAGGUUCUGGAACAAACAUUGAACAAUGAAGUGCUUGAUAGUGAUGAUAUCUCAACACCUUCACAUGUUAAAGCCACAGCAGAAAAAGUUGAAUAUAAUGAAAGCAAAAAUCCUAUUUUAACUGAAGUCUACAUUGAAUAUGAAAAUAAAGAAAGAGAUGAUACAAACAUUAAAGAUGAAAACAUUAAAGAACUAGUCAAUGUUAAUAUAAAAAAUGAAUUAAAUGACCAUGAUUGCAAAAAUGUUUGUGAAUCUAAUGAGGGACUAGAUGAUUUGGAUACAGAAAUACACAAGAAAAAUACCUUAACGAAAGAAUUGGUGGAAAAUGAAGAAAAAACAUUGGUAACCGAAUUAAAUAAUGAAAUAAAAAAACGGACACGUAAAAAAAAAUUUAAGCAGAUAGGUAAAUAUUUUGAAACAAAACAGAACAUGGCCAAUUUUGAACAUACAUAUGAUUUGAAUAUAAUAACUUUGAGUACCGAAGAUCAAUACAAAGAGAUUUUGAAACGUAAAAAUGGCUUUUCAUAUCCAUUCAGAUGCAGCCUAUGCUACAAAAGUUAUAUGGACGAUGAUAACUUGAAUAAACAUUUUAAAAAGUUGCAUGAUCCUAGUCGAGGCGAUGAGGUGUGUGAUAUAUGUAAGACACGUUACAGAGACAAGAAAAUGUUGAAAAGACACAUGAAGACGCAUCGCUUGAAGUUUGCCUGUAGACAGUGUAAACAUGUCUCUAUACUUAGCUCCCAAGCAGUAGAACAUUACAACAUGCACAGAGGCCAGGUGUACAAGUGUCAAAACUGUGAUAAGACUUACGACAAACAAACCACAUACUUAGCGCACAUAAGGUACAGUCACCCGUCGAAGUGCAUCUGGUGCGAGCUGUGUGGCGAGUCCUACGUCUCCGAGACCGGCCUCAAGUGUCACCAGAACUUGGUCCAUAAGGAGUUGAAAUACCCACCGAACGCUAAAUGCGCAAAUUGUGAAACACGAUUUCUGAAUAAUGAAGCCUAUCGGACGCACAGCAUGUCGUGCAACAAGUCGGCGAGCAUGCCGGGCGCUGCGUGCGCUCACUGCGGCCGCAGCUUCGACAGCAGGUCGUCGUUACGCGAACAUCUGUUAGAAACUCACGGGAACAAAAAGAAUGAUAAACUUUACCCCUGUACCAAGUGCAAGAAGACGUUCGCGCGUGCGUCGCGGCGGGGGGCGCACUACCGGCGCGCGCACGCCGCCCAGCGCGCGCCCGCCGUCGUGUGCGAGCGCUGCGGGAAGGCGCUGCCGAACACGACCAUACUGAGGUACCACAUGCGCACGCACACGGGCGAGCGACCCUUCCAGUGUCCGGACUGCCCCAAGGGCUUCGUCAAGCAGUCCUCACUCAAGCAAUCACAGACGUGAUUCCGUAAAACUCAUGGCAACAUGUGUCGGUACGUAACUCGGAGUGGUCCCUGGACAGAGCCACUCGACGGUGCACACGAGCGAGCGAUCGUUCGCCUGCGAGCUCUGCCCAAAGACCUUCAAGUGGCGGUCCGGUCUGCGCACCCAUCAACAAACCGUACGUAACAACAUCUCUAGAAUCGUUCUUCUAAUUUCAGCGUAACAAAACUAUUAUUUAUUUACUAGCUGACCCGGCAGACUUCGUAGUGCCUCAUCCGAUAAAUAAAAGACCUAAACUGUUGUAAACUUAAAACCAACAAAAAGAAUCAGUCCGACGUAUGAUGACAGAUCAAAGGAAAAACAAAAUUGUUAUUUUUAUUUAAUUCCGAGCAUUUUCAUUCAUUUAAGGUGGGUGGCGCAUUUACGUUGUGGAUGUCUAUGGGCUCCAGUAACCACUUAACAUCAGGUGGGCUAUGAGCUCGUCCACUCAUCUAAGCAAUAAAAAAAAAGUGACCUUUUAAACCUUCUCUGGAUUUCCACAAAUAAUUCAAGACCAAAAUUAGCCAAAUCGGUCCAGCCGUUCUCGAGUUUUAGCGAGACUAACGAACAGCAAUUCAUUUUUAUAUAUAUUAUUUAUUUACUAGCCGUACUCGCCCGCUUCACUGCGCAUUUAAAAUUAACAUUAUUAUUUAUUGUCAUUAUUAUUAGGUAGUCCAACACUCAUAUAAAUAUUAGCCUAUCCGUUAAGUACAUGUAUUUUCUACACGGAUACCAAGUUUCAAGUCCAUCGGAUGCACGGUUCAGUAGUUAUAACGGAACAUCCGUAAAAACCACCGUAGAUUUAUAUAUUAGUAUAGAUUACAAAGAGAACCAAACAGCCAACUCAACAUAGUAUAAUAAUAUAACAAUAAUAAAAACAAAAAAAUUGUGUAAUUUGUGUAAUAUUCGAAUUAGAUAAUUAGACCAGAUUCAAAAAGUGUUGUAUACAAACAAUACCUUAUUUAUGACAAGGAACUCGCAUUUAUUGCGAAAUGAGACAAAGAGCAAUGUAGGAUCUAUACUUUUAAUAUUAUGAAUGUAAAAGUAUGUUUGUUUGUUUGUUUGACCUUAUUUUACGUCGAAACGAAGCAACGGAAUGCUCUAUAAUUUUCAAGAGAUAGUAUUAUGUUACGAGAGUGACACAGGCUACCUUUUUCCCGAGAAAACAUCUCAUUCCCACGGGAAACUGUUUUAUUAUCCUGUAAAUGUAAAUCCAUUAUGUAAAUUAUGGACACCUUUUCUAGACCAUGCAAGGAGGCCCCGGUAACAACUAGUAUACUAUAAGGCACCAAACAAUCUUAGAAUUAUAUUCUUAGUGUCGUCCAUAGCUGAGUAUCUAAGCAUAAUUAUAUUUAAUUUAUAUGUAGCAAGUACAUAAGUACAUUUACUACCUUACAAUAAUGCUUCGAAUUGAUAUAAAUUAUUAUCCAACA